GUAUUGUGACCCUGGUUAAACGUGUGUAACUUGACUCUCGUCUGAGGCGUCACCCCCCAGUCCACAGCAGGGGCUCCGUGCCACUGGCACUCCCGCUGACCGACAGCAUGCAUUCACGUCCAAAAAAGGGCCUGCCAUUCAGGGCAAUGAAAACGAUGAAACGUGGCCAUUAUAACGGGGACACAGAGGGAUACCUGAUCCACCUCUGUUCUUCCCACGUCCUCAUUAUCGCAGGCAUUUCAUAGCCGAAAUAUCUGCUCGCAUCUCCACUGUUAUUGCAGACCAACACUCGCAGACUGAAACUGUGCUUUCGCAUUUUGUGCUUUAUGUCAAGGGGCGAUGGGGAACAAGCAGUCUAUUUUCACUCCUCAGCAACUGGACGCAUAUCAGGACUGUACAUUCUUCACCAGAAAAGAAAUUCUUAGACUUUUUCAUAGGUAUCGCGAUUUGGCCCCACAGCUUGUUCCGCUCGACUACACCACCCAGCCAGAUGUGCGUCUGCCCUAUGAGCUGAUUGGCAGCAUGCCAGAGCUGAAGGAUAACCCGUUCAGGCAGAGAAUCGCAGAAGUCUUCUCAGAGGACGGAGAAGGAAACAUGACUUUAGACGAUUUCUUGGACAUGUUUUCAGCGCUGAGCGAAAUGGCACCAAGGGAUCUAAAGGCCUACUACGCAUUCAAAAUCUAUGACUUUAACAACGAUGACUUCCUUUGUAAAUCGGACCUGGAGAAGACCUUGAACAAGCUUACACGGAACGAACUGACCGAGGAUGAAGUGAGGAUGGUGUGUGAAAAAGUCCUCGACGAAGCCGAUAUGGACAACGAUGGCCGUCUGUCACUGGAGGAUUUCCAGCACAUGAUCAUGAAAGCACCGGACUUCCUCAGCACUUUCCAUAUCAGAAUAUAAGACAAGUCUUUGAGGACCAAAUGGAUUACAGUACAAAGCUUUUCUUUGACCAGACGGAACGUAGACACCACAGGAAACCGAAGAGGAGAUGGAGGAAAUACAUCACCUGGACUUUUACAGCACUUUUCUUCUGAGAACAAUGAAUCAACAGUUAAAUGCAUCAAACCAAGAUGUUGCACUUCCUCGAUCUACACUUCGCCUUUUAGUUUCCCCAUUUUUUU